AUGUCAGCCGACGAAAAACAAUACAUUUCCUAUAACAAUGUCCAUCAAUUAUGUCAAGUCUCUGCUACCAAAAUCAAGAAUUUUAAGCCAGAUCUAAUCAUCGCCAUUGGUGGGGGUGGGUUUAUUCCAGCAAGAAUUCUACGUACGUUUUUAAAGGAACCAGGUGUGCCAACAAUCAGAAUUUUUGCCAUCAUACUUUCCCUAUACGAAGAUUUAAACACAGUGGGCUCAGUCGCUGAAGAAGUAGGUGUCACUGUUCAACGAACACAAUGGAUUGAUUACGAGCAAUGUAAAUUGGAUCUAGUUGGUAAGAAUGUUCUUAUUGUAGAUGAAGUUGAUGACACCCGUACAACUCUUCACUAUGCUUUAAGUGAAUUAGAGAAGGAUGCCGCUGAUCAAGCUAAAGCUCAAGGUAUCGAUCUAGAGAAGAAUCCAGAAAAGAAAACCAAGUUUGGGAUCUUUGUACUACACGAUAAGCUAAAACCAAAGAAGGCUGACCUUCCAGAUGAAAUUCUUAAGGACGAAAACCGUUAUUUCGCUGCAAAGACUGUUCCCGACCAAUGGUAUGCAUACCCAUGGGAAUCUACUGAUAUUGUAUACCAUACUAAGAUGGCCAUAGAACAAGGCAAUGACAUUUUCAUGCCUUGA